AUGGGCGAAUCAACGGCAACGAGCGGAGGGACCGCAUGGUUUGUCGUCUUAUACGCCCGCCCUUCAACGCGAAAGCACAAGAAAUGGGAACUAGACGGUUUUAUCGAGUGUCCCUCGAACGGCGAAUGUUUACUCUGGGAUGACGGGAAGCGUAAUGUAGUAUCCAGAUCUACCUUGACUCCUGCAGAAAUCGCCAACAUUCGCGAUGGUGACGAAUUUGGUUUUGGUGCCUAUGAAGUUCAAAUCCAAGAGGCGAUGGCGGCUCCCAGACCUCCAGUACCAGUAAUCAAGCCAGCAACCCCUCAACUCCAACCACUAGCAACGCGGAAUCCAGCGAAGCGCCCUCUCGAUGACGGGCUGGACCUGAAUGCACCUCCAGUAAAGGCGACUCGCGGCUUCGUCUCCCCAUUCGCCAGUGUGCAGGCUAAGGCUAACAAUUGGCAUUUGGAUGAAAAUGAGAAAUCUGCGUACAUCGAGGGAAGGAUUGCGAACAAAUUGCGCGAACAUCAGAGGGACGGAAUUCUGUUUAUGUACGAACGGCUGACGAAAUGUCCCGGAGGUGCUAUUCUGGCUGAUGAUAUGGGGCUGGGGAAGAGCAUUCAAACUAUUUCGACCUGUCUAGCGUUACUGAAGAACAACGCAAUCGCAGUCAAGUCGCCAGCCGAUUUUUCCACCUAUUCCUCUUCCUGCACGGCCUACCCGUUCCUGAUCUGCAGCUACGACAUGGUUUUACGGCAUCACGGCCGAUUGGCGCCUUUGAAUUUUGACGUUUUGGUGUGCGACGAGGCGCAUCGACUAAAGAACCCGGAUGCGAAGCUACGAACUGCGUUGGAGUCAAUAGGUGCGGAGCGUCGCUUGUUGCUUACCGGAACACCGCUGCAAAACGAGCUGUGCGAGCUCUAUUCCUUGCUCGACUUCACUCAACCGGGCCGACUUGGAACUUCUGCCGAGUUUGCGGCGUUGGUCAAAGAGAGU